GUCCGCAUGUGGCCGUCAAACAGUUGUCAGUCCACCGGCUUCCCGCAGUGUGCGUCCGCUCCCCCUUGUACCUGAGACUAUGAAGACCUGACCUGUCCCAACCGUGGACAUGUUGGACCUAUAGACAGUAUGGAUAUUCCUGAACAAUUCCAUGAGCAGCAGGAACAGCGGCAGCAGGCUUUAGGACUUCAGACGGACAACCACCAUGAAGACAUCUUUCCAUUAGAAGGAGCUUCAACGUCUCUAGAACUCAGGAGGGAUGCGGACGCGCCGCCCGAGUCUGGCCAGGGCUGUCCCGUAUGCGGUGACAAAAUAUCGGGGUACCACUACGGCCUUCUCACCUGUGAGAGCUGCAAGGGCUUCUUCAAACGCUCGGUGCAGAACGACAAACGCUACACCUGCGCGGAGGCGCAGAGCUGCCCUAUGAACGUUGCGCAGAGGAAGCGCUGUCCUUUUUGCCGUUUCCAGAAGUGUCUGGCGGUGGGCAUGAAAAAAGAAGCGGUGAGAGCCGACCGCAUGAGAGGCGGACGGAACAAGUUUGGGCCUUUCUACCGGCUGAUGAAAGAACAAAAAGUUUAUCCCCAGUCAAACACCGACCCCUAUAGGGACAAAAUGGAAACGGCGCAAAGGCUCUGGCCUGCCGCCACUAAUUACUGUCCGCUUAUGUGCAACCACAUGAGCACCACCCACUCUCAGAAUGCUUUCCAUCCGUCGCCAGUGUAUCCAUCUGGAACGGCGUUCUUGCCUUCAGACGAUAGGGUGGUCCCUCCGCUGCCGUUUCCCCACGCCGGAACGCAUCACCAAGCGUUCCCCGGUUACCACCCGGAGGAAAUGCCAACGCCCCUGAGCUCUGGUCCUCACUACCAACCCUUGCACAGAACCCCAAGCAGCCCCUACAUGUUAAGAACGCCCUCGCCGUGCUCGAGCAUCCCGCCCACGCCGCCGCCUUCAGGCCCGCUCGGUUCCCCGGCAGCCUGCGCCGCGCACUCGUCAUCCGAUUUUCUGGCUCAGCUCCUGGAAGGGGAGCCGGACGAGAGCCAGCUGUGCGCCAAAGUGGUGGCCAGUCUGCAGAGGGAACAGGCCAACCGGGGUAAACACGACUGCCUCAACACGUUCAGCAUCAUGUGCAAAAUGGCCGACCAGACCCUCUUCGGUCUGGUGGAGUGGGCCAGGAACAGCUCGCUUUUCAAGGAGCUCAAGGUAGAGGACCAGAUGGUUCUCCUGCAGAGUUGCUGGAGUGAGCUACUGGUCCUGGACCACCUCUGCAGACAGGUAACCUAUGGAAAACAGGGUUGCAUAUACCUGGUCAUGGGACAGCAGAUCGAGAUGUCAACAAUCAUAUCUCAGGCGGGAGCCAAACUGAGCAGUUUGGUCACCAGGACGCAAGAUUUGGUGUCGAAACUGAAGGCGCUACAGUUUGACAGGCAUGAGUUUGUCUGUCUCAAAUAUUUGGUGCUUUUUAACCCUGAUGUGAAGUCGGUGCAGAGUCGGCGGCAAGUGGAGCACACGCAGGAGAGAGUGAACCGGGCGUUGAUGGAGCACACCCAGCGGACUCACCCGGGACACUCGGACAAAUUCGGCCAAUUGCUACUGAGGUUGCCCGAAGUCCGCAGCAUCAGUCUGCAGGUGGAGGAAUAUUUAUACCAGCGCCACCUUCUGGGCGAUCUGCCCUGUAACUCUCUUCUCACCGAGAUGCUGCACACCAAACACAGUUAAUAAAAAAAUUGCAAAAAUCUGACGUUUACAUGGAAACCACAUCAACCUGCUGCUGCAAUGUAAAAACAAACAAAAAAUGUAAAUAAAAACAGAAUUCCAACAAGCAUGAGACAACAAAGUGUGCAAAUGAUUUAAAAAUGAUUUUUAUUCUGGUCCUGAUGCCAAGGAGAGUCAAUGAAGGAAAUAAACAUACACAUACUGGCACAGAUUUGAUGACAGAAAAAAAUAUAAUAAACACAUAACGACAGCGAUGGGAGGAGGGGAGUACUACCUGAACCGACAAAAAUUAGUAGAACCUGAAAUUAAACAUCAAAUGUAAAGCAAACUAAAUAAAUAGACCCCCUUGGGUGGCAGAUUUUAGGGGGAGGAUUGCACAGAAUCAAAAUAAAGUUAUUGCAUAACCACAUACUACUCUUGAUAAAUAAAUACACAUCCAUAGUCCAUG